CUUUAUUGAAUCCCGUUGUGUGUGUGAAGGAAGAUUGUGAGCGACACUUUUGAUGGAUUUUUGAGGAUAUACAGCCCAGAAAGCGCGUCAGGAUGACUACGUGGAUACACUGCAACUUGUGCUACAUGUAUUACUGCAAGGAGACGGUGUUUUACUUGCUGAACUGCUCGCAUAUCCACUGCGAAAGUUGCCUGAAGAAACUGGUGAUCAACAACAGCAGUGAGUGCAAGUUCUGCAAGAAGCCGUUCAAGUACAGGAAGAUCUCAAAGGAUCUGGAUCCUGCGAUCCGGCAGCGCUUUGAUCUGGAGCAGCACAAGAAGCUGGGAGAUGUGAGAGAGAAUGUCAAGUUUGCCCAGCUCCAGAGCAAACUCAUGACCAAAGCGUCUGCUCUGAAGCAAAUGAAGGCCAAGAAUGGAAAGAUGGCUUUUCUUGAGCAGAAACUGGAUCAGAAGAUCAAGGAAAUGACUCAAUAUGUGGCUCAGCGGGAGCAGCGACCGCAGAGGAGUCAGAUGCAGACACAGAGACGAGAGAAUUCCUUCCUGAGCUCAGAGGGAAGCGUGCGGAAGGAGCCUCUGUUGAUUGCUCGCUCUCCAAUUCUCUCCGGAUUCUUCGUCAAUCGCCCAGGAAGCACUUGCAGCAGCUCAGAAGCGUCCUCCCUGCCAUCCCAUGAUUCUGACUUUAGGGUGAAUAAGAGACAUCCUCAAAUCACGCGACUAUCAAAACUUGCCGCUCAGAGUGCAGAAUUCUAUCGUCGCUAAGUGUUAAACCAUGGAUUAAAGACAAGGCAAAUGCUCUGAGAAUUAUUGAAUUACAAAUUGGAGCAAGAGAAUUGUUGGAUUAACUUUUCCUGAACUGCACCAUUGAAAGCGCAAACGCAGUAACAAUUGAAGAAUUGUGAAUAAUGUUGGAUUUUUAUAACAGAAAAAUCUCCCAUGAAAUCCAAAUGGAAGAAAAAAUAGCAGAUGAAUUGUGUAAAAGAUGAAGAAAUUGAUUGAAUUAUACAGAAGUGUUCACAUGAUACACAUUUUAUCAUGCGUUUAGGCAAUCUCGCCGUGUUCUCCUAAUAUUUUUCAAUCAUUUACCCCAAAAGAAAGUGUUAAUUUUCACUGCCAUUUCUGAUGCAGGUGAUAAGGAGAAAAUUACUCAAUAAUAUUCACAGAAGACAGAGAAAAAAACUGUCCCGAUGAUCACAUAAUGCAAUUAAGAGGAGAAUUAACCCAUUGACUCUCCAUUUGGAGUCCAUUUCAUUGCGUGAGAAGUGGAAGAGUUUUAUUUCUCAAUUGAGAAUGCAAUCCUCCUUCCGAUCGAGUUGUUGUGUAAGGAAAUCAA